AUGACAGAAGUUAUAGACCUGGAUAAGGGCUACGCGGACGAGAAUAACAAUAGUUCUGAGUUGCUUUUUCAACAAACAGCAAGAGAGGUACAAGAAAAAGACCAUGUUACAGCAAAUAAAAGCUCACCCAUAUCAUCAUCUUCGGAAUGUUCUACUUCUCGAAAAGUACAGAUGACAUUUGACCAGUUUAAGGGAAUUAAAGUGAGCAAAGGACCUGUUUCCGAGGGAUUGUUAGGUGAGAAAGGUCGACGGAAGUCGAGCAGGAUUGUGCCGAAACGUAAAGUUGUAAGCGAGGAUGAAUCUAUUGUAUCGAACGCAGCGCCCAGGAAGAAAAAGAAGAAGCCUCAGAGUAAAAAGCCAGAAUCUACCACUAAGAAGUCGAAGAGCUCGAAUGAACAAGGAGUGGAAAAAGCUGGUACUAUGAGUUCUAAGAAGAGCUCCAAGCCCGGGUCUAAGCUUAAUGUUUCUAAUGAUCCUAAAGGGAAGAAGUUGAAGCUGAAGAGUGCUACGAGUGUUGAGAAGGCACCACGGGAAGAGCUGCAGGAGCCGCAGCUUAAUAACGAGCUUUGGUCUGCAUGUGUUCCGCUUUUGUCUUCUGACUUUAAAAAUAAUACGCCUGCGCUGUCACGGUUGAAAUUUCCGCAUAUGAAACCAAUGCCAUAUGCAAAGGAUUUGAUAAUGUUUAUGAACUUUAUCAAUAAAUUUAACCAGUUUCUGCCUACGGAGCUUUGGUCUGUGUCCGUUCAGGACUUACAGGUUGGUUUGGAUAUAUAUGCGGACGAUGUUGGCGAAACUCCCGCUAAAUUACAUCAAGACUACGUACCACCCAGAGAAUUGAAGCGGUGUCAGGAUUUAGUGAACCUACUAUUCCUAUGUCUUUUAAAGCUGACUUUAAAUCACCACACACCUACUGGUCUUAACUCGCUCAACGAUAGGAAAGUUUUCAUUAAGCUAGUCCAAAAGAUUAGGACAAAAGCAGCCGAUUACGGAUAUCCCAGAGAAUGGCGGAAACAAGAAGUGGAUGAUGAAACGUUUGUGAAACCACAGCUCUCAUUAUUUGCAACUGAAGACACGGAGCCUGUUGAUGAAAAUAAUAGAGAUAUCCUAACAACAAACAUCCAUUAUUGGCAUCAAAGAGAGCCUCUAGAUCCUGAACAUAAUCCGCUUUUCUCUCCAGAAUUAGAAAAAAUAGGCCUUUUAGCGCUGGAGCCACGUGACCGCGUGAUAAUGUUGCGCACGUUUGUUCAAUGGUGUAUCACGAACUCCGAUAAGAUUCAUGGGGAAAUCUAUAGACUUUCCCAUCUAAAAAAAGACCCAACUUUUGGAAUUACAACUUCUCAUGCCCCACGUCAUUUGGUCCGUGGUCUUCCUGAAACAAAACAAUACUUCAAAAGACUUUGUACUUUGCUUAUGAGGAAAUUGGAAAUUAAGUCCAAAAAGAAGCAUAUAAAGAAGCAGCUAGAGUCUGGGAAGCAACUACAGCUCCUUAGUAAGCUCAACUUACUUAAAGAGUUGAAGGAAACUAUGAAGUUGUAUCAACAGGAGCAUGAUGCGCAGGUAGGAGAACAUCAAGAAGAAAACAAUAAGGAACCUUUUGAUCCCAUGGAUAUUAGCUUGUCUAAGGACUAUGCUAAGUGGUGCGAGUUGUUAGAAGGAGAAGUUCCUGAUAACCCUAUGGCAAAUCCAUAUGAAGAUGAAGUUUAUAAACUAAGGAAUCAAGAGUUCUUCAUUGGCAGAGUGCCCCAUAUAGGUGAUUUCUACUUGCCCCGUUUGUUCACAUACCAACGCACGACGAAGAAAGGUUGGAUUCCUUCGACUUUUGUCGAUCCUGGCCACCUGGAACGUCUAUUUGAAGAUUUCCAAACUAAUAAGUAUAACGCAGUGAAUCUUUUUGGCAAAAAUGGAAAGAUGAUGUCGCUGCAAUUUAAAAUUUAUUAUCAUCAUACACCGGCAAUGAUAAAAGAUUUAAGCAAUGGGAAGUCUACUAAGGAUAAGGUGUACUGGUAUGAAAUGUGUCAUGAUUCGGAAUCUUUAUUGGAUUUCAUUAAGCUUUUAGAGUUUAAACUUUCAAAGGAAAACUUGGAGGAAAGCUCUAGUUCUAAUUCUAAAGAAGCUGGUCAGAAAGAGAUUGUUCAGCAACAGCUACCACAGUCCCAGCCGCAAUCCCAGCCUCAGUCGCAACCGCAGUCGCAACAACAAUCUCAACCGCAUACAAAUUCACAGUCGCAACCGCAACCACAGUUACAAUCACAAUCACAGUCACAGUUACAAUCACAAUCACAAUCACAGCAUCAAAAGGAAUUCGCCGGUUAUAAUACAAACCCACUGCCCAAGGAAUCCAAAUUCAAUAAAUCACGUGCUAAGAUACAAAUAUUAAAGGAUUAUUUGGAGAAGAUGUACUUUAUUCUUUUGAGGUUUGAACAGUUAAAAGCGGAAUACGGGGAUAUGGAAAUUACGGAUAGAAACUUGAGAAGGUCUCAAAGGAACAAGGUUAGUUAUAGCGAAGAAUACCAGGACGAUAUGUACGAACAAGACUAUUAUGAGCCAGCCGAGGAUGUUAAAGAUAUGGAUGAGGAAUAUCAAGAUUUUGACAAUGCGGAUGGUACAUCAGAUGAAGAUGCAGAUGCUGAGGAAGACAUUAUAAACGAUGAAGAAAAUCAUCCGGUGGGGAGGAGGCAGCGUACUCAAGAACGUGUGCCAGUGAAAUCUAGUGAAACACGGGCGGCCAGAUCUGCAAGACGAAGAACUGAAAAGCUGUAA